UAUUGAAUAUUUUUUACAUUUAGUCUUUUUUAUACUACUCUUCCAAUAAGUCGUUUUGUCAGUAACAUUAAGAGAAAUGGGAGAUGAAGAGGAUCCAUGGGGAGCUGAUGAUUCUGAGCAACAGCCUGAAGUCGCUGUAGCACCACAACCCGCGGCUACAGAAACUCAAGCGCCUCCAGCAAGCCAAACGUCUGCAAGCGAUGCUCCAUCUGCGGAUGCGCCAGUGACGACGGAUGCUGAUGUGGCACCACCUCCUCCACCAGUGGAAGAUGAUGGCUACAGAAAACCUGUCCAAUUAUACAGACAUUGGGUUAGGCCAAAAUUCCUGCAGUACAAAUACAUGUAUAAUUAUAGAACGAAUUACUACGAUGAUGUUAUUGACUACUUAGAUAAAAGGCAAAAAGGUGUCUCUAGAGAAAUACCCAGACCACAGACAUGGGCGGAACGAAUUUUAAGAAGCAACUAUUCCAGUGUACGAAGCCUGGACUUUGAAUCUUCCAGCAAGAGGGAUCAUCAAUUAAUUCAGACGUUAGCUGCAUCAAUUCGACCACAUAACUACCACACAAAGGCGUAUAUCAACCAAAAAUAUGCCAAAGUUCUCUAAAUCGG